AAUUCAUAUUAUAAGUCACCACAGAGCCAGCCUCACCCUCCAUCACCGCCGCUCAUCUCAGCCUCUACUGACCAGCGUUGGAAAAAAUGGCUGCUGCAAAGUUUCUGGUGUGUGUGUUGGUGGUUCUGGCAGCUGCAGUGUGUGUGGCUCAUGCACAGUCCAGGAUCAAGGUGUGUGGGAGAGAUCUGAUUCGUCUGGCCAUCUCAUUCUGUGGUAAUUCUCGACUGAGGAGAAGCAUCCCGGACAUGGAACUGGGUCAGCGUCAGCACUCUGCUGCCUGGGACCAGGGUGCCUCCCUGGAGGAGGACCAGGAUUCAGAGAUGCUCCACAUCCCUCUACAGGCUGAUGGGAAUAAGAAUGACUUCUCUUUGGCUCCUCACUGGUACCCCCUCUCCUUCCGGACCAGGCGAUCAGCUGGAAAACUAUCUGAUAUUUGCUGUGAGAAGGGAUGCACCAUAAAAGAGAUGAUUCAGUUUUGUUAAAUGAUGAAGACACAGGAGAACUUAAAUCUUGGUUGGGAAGGCACAGAAAAAAAACUAAACCAAAUCGUUUGACAUACGUGUAUUUUUAUCCUAGUAAUUAACACCACACAACAAUAAUUAUAGGUCAGUGAUCAUAUUUAAUCAUAUUACAUGUCAAUCUCCGUACAGAAGAGACAAUCAGUGUUAAUAUAAAAGAUUAAAACGGAGUUUAUUCUUUAGUGUUUGUAUAAUUUAUUUAUUUGUAUAAAAAAAGGCUGCACUGAUUAGAAACCCUUAAACUGGACUGUAAUAAACAUUUGAUGCUUUUAAUAUUGUAUCUGUUAUUUUUUUCCCUCCAACUAUUUAAUCAGUGAGUAAAGUUUCUGCAACGGUGCUUUAAUCCUUUAAAUGAAUGCUCCUCUGUUCCAUGUAAAAUGUAAAUAAAACAGAAUGCAAUGAUCUAUAAA